AUGACGAUCACCUUACAAGAUGUGGCAGGCAUAUUGGGCUUGCCGAAUGACGGAACUGUCGUCACCGGAUCGACCUUUGAGGAUUGGCACGCUGCUUAUGCUGCUGUUUUUGGACAUGUUCCAGAGGCCGGUGAGUUCCAUCAUUCCGGCGACCUCCGCAUCUCAUUCUUGGAUCGGCAUUAUACCCGGUGGACUGAUCAUGAGGGGAAUCAUGCUGCCGAGAUCUACUUCACAAAAGCCCACAUUGCCUGGAUGUUGGGGACUUGGUUGCUGGCGGACAAGUCUGGAGGUAGCAAUUUUGGUUGCCGGCUUGUCCAGUUGCUAGGUGGAAGAUUUGAGGACAUUGGCCGAUUCAGCUGGGGAUCUACGAUUUUGACACACUUGUUCAGGAAUUUGUGUGAAUUGACAGAUGCCUGUCGAACUGACAUGGGUGGUUGCCAUAUUCUCCUUCAAAUUUGGGCAUGGAUACGAUUCUCACCCAUUGCUCCACCCCUUCAUCCUCAUCUAGAGUCGGGCACACAUUAUGGAUGUUUAUACAAAUGGGAUCAAUUACCUUCAUGGUGA